AUGUGUGACCAAGCUAGUGGAUUUAAUGGAGAACAGUCACCUCCUAAGGGAUACAUCAACUUGAAGCUCAUCUUAGGAACAAAGGAUUCAUUUCGGGCUGGCCGUGUUCAUUUCGUUGUGGUGGACGCAAUUUCAUCAUACAAUGUCAUCCUUGGUCGUCCUACAAUUCACGAGUGGGACAUGCUCGUUUCCACCAAACAUGAGGAAUUGAACAUAGUGGGCUCAAAAAAUAAGGUUGUCACCAUUAAAGGAGACCAGAGGGAAGCUAGAGAGUGUUGUUACGAAACUCUCAGAAUAGGUCAGGGUGGUCCCAACUCGCCACCUAGAAUCCGAGAAAGUGAAAGGACUUCUGUCAACACAGAAUUGGUUCAUCCGUGUGGCAACCAAAUUAAUAUGGUUGAGCAAGAUAUGAGAGAGGAAUUACAAACUCCUAGGACUGAACUAGAGGGCGAAUUGGAACAGGUCAUUGUUGAAGGAAGUGAUAAACAAUGCACAAAGAUCGGCAAGACUAUGGAAGCCGAGAUUAAGAAGAAAUUAAUCUCAUUUUUGAAGGAGAAUUGUGAUGUUUUUGGUUGGAAGGCGGCAGAAAUACCUGGCAUAUACCCCAGCUUCUGCUGCCACAAGCUCUCCAUGUACCCCGGAUCUAAACCGGUAGCACAGAAUAAGCGAAAGAUAGGCCCAUACCAACGUCAAGCUCAGAAAGAACAUGUCGACAAGCUUCUAGAGGCCGGAUUUAUAAGGAAAAUACAAUACACCAUCUGGCUGUCAAAUGUGGUGAUGGUCAAAAAACUGAGUGGGAAAUAG